AUGUUCCAUCAGGACUCUGCCCCAUCGCAUGCAUCUAAGGUCACCCUGAAAUUCCUAACAGAUCAGCAAGUGCAAUUCCUGAGACCAGUACAAUGGAUUCCAAACAGUCCUGAUGCUGCACCAUGCGACUAUUUCUUAUGGGGACAUCUGAAAAACAAACUGAAUAAGCGAAGAAUUUCUACAUUGAGAGGCCUUCAAAGAGCUAUUAGAGAAGAGGUGAAGAAAAUCCCCCAGGAAAUCAUUUUGCGGGCUUUAAAAUCAUGGCCGAAGGGUUGUAGAGAAAUCUAUUAUUCCGGAGGUCGACAUAUUGAGAAGCAUCGCUGA